AUGGUAUAUAAAAUACAAGGAGAUGUAACCAUAGGAAAUGGUACUAUAAUUCAUCCGAGAGCUUGUAUAAUUGCAGAAGAUGGACCAAUCAUUAUAGGAGAACAAAAUUUAAUUGAGGAUAAAGUUAUUAUAAUUAAUAAAAAUACCUCUGGUUCAGAAUCUUCUGUUAUGCAAAUUGGAAAUUCAAAUGUUUUCGAAGUAGGAUCUAGAAAUGAAUCUCUUAACAUAGGAGAUAGUAAUGUUUUAGAGGCAAAAUCAUUUGUUGGACGACAAGUAGUUAUUACUAAUAAUUGUAUCAUUGGUGCUGGAUGUAAAGUAACACAUCCAGAAACUUUAGCAGAAAAUUCAGCAUUUUAUGGACCUGAUUGUGCAUUGAAGAUUUCACAAGGGCAUCAAACGCAACUUUUACAAAUGGAAUUUUUAGCCAAACUAUUACCCAAUUAUCAUUAUUUAAUGAAGAAAAAAAAAAUGGCUUCAAAAAGUCAAGCUCAUUCUUAG